AUGCAUGAGCUUGUGGCGUAUGAAUUAAUGUCUGCAAAUGAUGCUUCCGAGAGAGAUCCAAUGGAAUGGGUGGUUGAAGGAAGUGAUGAUGGGGGUUCCACCUGGCGUGUUUUGGAUAAACAAACUUGUCAGAUGUUUACAAAACGUUUCCAGCGGAAAACAUUUGAGAUCCAAUCACAAGGUGUCCUAUCAAAUGCAUUCAGGUUGAGGUUUCUAGCAGUUCGAGAUAAGCAGGCAACUUCACGGUUUCAAAUAGGGAGCAUUGACCUUUUUGCCAGAAGUCAGGGAAAUCAGAUGAUGAACUCUCUGACAAAUGAAGCCUAUGAGGAAACUGAGGAAGCUAUGAGAAAAAUGGAUGAAGCUUAA